AUGGAAACAGGCAACUUACCUAUGUUGUGGUAUCUAUUAUUUUGUAUUAAUUAAAGGAAUUUAGAAUAGGUUUUUCUUUGGAUAAUGAAUUUCAAGCAGCCUGGUUAUGAUUUGAAAAAUUCAUUAAAACCAAGGACAUCCUCUCGAUCCACAUACAGGCCUUUCUACGACAAGAUAUAGUUUAUUAUUCUCUAUGCAUCACUUUCCAUAUUCCUUUGA